UGUUACAGCGAUCAUUAAACUAUUGUGAUGGCCUGUUUCUUUGUUGCAUCACUAGACUGUAGUGUCCUUGGGAGUAGAGACCACAUAUCUAGUUUGCCGUCCAUUAUAUCCCCAGUGCUAAGCAGGGGAGGUCUAGCUGAAAAGACUGAACAAAUAUGAGUGAAGGGAUGAAUGAGUGCAGCCAAUCUAGCAGCCUGAAAAAUUAUCCUGUUUUCUGUCACAUGCAGAACCCAAGAAAGGCAUCUCCAACAUGCACCUGGAUGAGAGGUGCUCAUAAUCCUCGCACCAGAGCUGGGCUGGGUGUAGACUGUCAACCUCUCCUUAAGAGGAGGCAAGAGCCUACCCAACUUUUCCAGCCUGUCCCUUCUGAAUUCUUAGCCUGGGGAGGCCGAGAGCUAAACAACCGCAAAAGUUCUCACCCCGCGUCGGCCGGCUACGUGACCACGUGCACUCCGCAGGGCCUCGCUUGGGACCGGAACAGGUGCAGGUGGGAUUCCCAUCAAAGAUUCCUCUCCGCACCUAGAAAAACAACUCCCGGGGCCGGGUGGAGUCGGGGCGGGGCGCUGCUGGGCCUAGAAAACCGGCCGGGGUCGGCGCCGGGCAGAGGCCGGGCUAUGGCGGACGCGUUGACGGAGCGCACGGCGCGGCUGUUGGCCGACUACCUAGAGUACUGCGCCCGGGAGCCGGGCACCGCCGGGCGGCCGCCGUCCACACCCGAGGCCUCCGUGCUGCGCUCCGUGGCCGCCCAGGUACAGCAGCGCAACCACCAGUUCCUGUCCCAGUACCGCGGCUACCGCGGCAACCGCGUCGAACUGGUGGCGCAAACGGCCCGGGAGUUGGCAGGGGACCGCGGCGUCCUCAGCUGGGGCCGCGUGGUGGCGCUCGUGACCUUCGCGGGGACGCUGCUGGAGAGGGCGCCGCGGGGCACCGACGGGUGUCCGAAGCCGGGCCCGAGGCGGAAGGCCGACGUUGACCAGGACUGCCGGUCCAUGGUGGCCCUGCUGUGCGGUUGGCUCUCCGGGCAGCACGGCGCCUGGCUGGAGGCGAGCGGCGGCUGGGAUGGCUUUUGUCGCUUCUUCACACCCAUACUGCCAUCGCCUUGGAGAAGAGGACUGGCCCAGGUUCUUCUGUCAGGCUUUAUGGCAGCCAUGUUAGUCUACUUCUGGAAGAAAUCGUUACCAUGUGGUUCUGCUAGUGUGGACUCCUCCACACCUUACCCCACCCCAUGUUCAGAACAAGACCCAGACCUGGCCUAAUGGAGUCCAUUCCUAUGUGAAGUUAACAGGACUCAAUUCCAGGAUUUCUGUGGACACCAAUCGGGUGAGCAUCUCUCUGUGGGGAUAUCUUCACUGCAUGGAGAGAGGCUGCCUGAAAGAGAAGACCUCACAGAAGGACAGAGGGCAGAGAUCUAGGGCAGGAUGGAGUGUGGAGAAACAGCUCUGAUGACUCACAGUUUGGCUGAGCCUAA